AUGCAGUUCCUCAUUGCUCUUUCUUCCAUCGUGGCUCUUGCCGCCGCUGCCCCUGCUGCCAGCAACGCCAACGCCAAAGACGCUAUCAACGUCUACCACUCUACCGCUGCGGCCAACGGAUGCAACUGGCUCGGCUGUGUCUCCUCUCUUGCUGGUGAGACUGCUGCUUGCGCUGCUGCCGCCGCUGAGGCUGGCGUUAACCCUAUCGCCGAUGUUGCUUGCCUUGCCUCUGUUGGCUCCGCUGGCUCUGCCUGCAAUGGCUGCUAAGCAUUGAGGUUUCGAGUCUUUUUCUUCUCUUUCUUUUGUUUUACUUUUCGUGGUGGAAUAGUGGGAGGAUGAUGGUAUAUGAGGAGGAAUGUAUAUUGUAUAGCAGAAAGAUGUAUUCAAAAGAGUUUACUGUGCAUUUCAAAUUGAACUCUUAGUUGACAGUGAAUAUAUUUUGUUGGUAAGAGGUAUAGGCUGUAAUUCUUGCUCUUCAAGGUAUAUUAUCAUCUCGUGGCGUCUGGUCAGUAGGUCCAGGUAGG